CCCCUCGUGACGCCGUCCCUGGUCUUUUCCUCGCAGCAGCUCUUCCCUCUCCGCGGCGCGUUCUCGCCACGACUCUUCCCUCUCCUCGACGCAAUCGUCGCCGCAGCUCUACCCUUUCCUCUCCUCUCCUCGACGCCGCCCUCGUCGCAACGCCUUGACAGACGCCGUUCCUCGCCGCAACGCAUAGGUUUUUCCCUCACCGCGACGCUGUCCCCUCCUCGAGAUCCGUGCGCGACGCUUUAAUCGGGUAUUUGAAUCGGAUAGUCCCUCUAAACUCUCCUCCAUUCGGAUCCAUCGGGUUCGGAGGACUAGUUCGGGAAAACGAAGCUCCACCCACGGCCACCCGAAACCGCCGCGACGCUCUGCCCCCUACUCGCUGAAUGUCCUUAAGCUCAAAACCCUAGAAGCCCUUCCGGCUCAGGCUUUUCUCGCGAUGGCGGAGGGGGCGGCCAUCUCCGUCACGGCUCAGUUGGAAGCCUUGUUCCAUAGGAGGAUCGAGUUCCAUCCCAAUCGGAAGCCGUUGUCUUCCUUUCCCAACGGGGAUUUCCGCCUCGAGACUCUGAACCCCAGCUCGGGUCCCGGUACAUCUGCAGAGAAAAUAGGAGGAGUCUCCAUGCCGUCGAAGGGGAAUCGAUCGGUGGAGUCGGAGUUUUACGAGUUUGGAUUCGAUCAAGAGCUUAGCUGUAGAAUCACCUUCCGGAGGAUAGGUGCUGGUCUGGCAAAUCUCGGCAAUACUUGUUUUCUUAAUUCGGUUCUUCAGUGCCUUACAUAUACUGAACCUUUUGCAGCUUAUUUGCAAAGUGGAAAGCAUAAAUCUUCUUGUCAUACUGCUGGAUUUUGUGCAAUGUGUGCCCUUCAGAAUCAUGUCAUUACUGCUUUACAGUCAAGUGGAAAGAUAGUUUCACCUUCACAUUUUGUUAAGAACUUACGUUGUGUGUCACGCAGUUUCCAAAAUUCAAGACAAGAAGAUGCUCAUGAGUAUAUGGUUAACUUGCUAGAAUCAAUGCAUAAAUGCUGUUUACCAUCUGGAGUACCAAGUGAGUCCCCCAGUGCCUAUGAAAAAAGCUUGGUACACAAGAUAUUUGGUGGUCGAUUGCAGAGUCAGGUUAAAUGCAUGCAGUGUAACUACUCUUCUAAUAAGUUUGAUCCCUUCUUAGACUUGAGUCUUGAAAUAGUGAAGGCUGACUCUUUGCUUAAGGCACUUGCCCAUUACACCAAGGUGGAGCAAUUAGAUGGAGGUCAGAAGCAAUACCAGUGCCAAAACUGCAAGGAGAAAGUCAAGGCCCUCAAGCAACUUACCAUUUACAAGGCUCCCCAUGUUCUUACCAUUCAUCUCAAGCGUUUUUAUUCUCAUGAUCCUGGUCAAAAGAUUGACAAAAAAGUGGAAUUUGAACCAAGUUUGGAUUUAAAACCUUUUGUCAGCGAUCAACAGGGUGGAAAUCUAAAAUAUACACUUUAUGGUGUAUUAGUACAUGCAGGGUGGAGUACCCGCUCUGGACACUAUUAUUGUUAUGUUCGUACCUCAAGUGGCUUGUGGCAUUCUCUGGAUGAUAAUCAGGUACACCAGGUAAGUGAGAAGACUGUUUUGGCACAGAAAGCAUAUAUGUUAUUUUAUGUACGGAACAGAAGUUCUAUACCCAAAGGAUUUGAAAAUUUGUUCUGCAAAGACAGGGCUAAUCAAAAUGGAAAGAAAUUGAUUCCCCAGUCAUCCUUGGUUUUGAAUGGUGUUGUUCAAAAUGGUUUGACAGAAAAAUGCCAUAGUCCUAUGGAACCCACCUCUUCCCAAUUGCAAAUUUCAAGUGCUGUUGCUCAUUCUGCUUCGGCUAUGAAUGUUUCAUCAAAUGAACUUUCAACACAAAUGCUGUCUCCCUUGCUGAAUGGUGGCACUUCUAAAAAUAAAAUUCCUGAACUACAAAAUAAUAACCAGGUACUUGGAGUGAAACUUUCCACUUUGAAAGACGGAAGCUCCAUUAAGAAAGGAUUGCGGCAAACAUCUGCACCAUUUUCUAAAAGUCCAGUGAAGCUUCCUGUUGAAAAGGUUUUGAAGGAGGUGGAUGAAGUUUCGGUGGCAGAGAAGGGUCUGUUCCAAGUUGCUGUUGAAAAUAGCUUCUCUGAUCUACCCCAGAAUGUCGAUGGUGAAGAUGAAAGAUCUCAUGCUUCUUGUUGUCCACUCCAAUGUGCACAUCAAAAUGGGCACUCAUCUAAUCUGCAAUCUGAAGAAGACAAUGCUAAACAGGAAAAUCUUGCUCCUUCAGUAAAAAUGUUGAAGAAACUGCAUAAUCCCAUGAAACUGAGGAGGCUUGCUAAAUAUGCCCAGAAGGGCCUGCCAUUUGGUCGUUCAUUUCUUGCUUCUUUAAACUUGUCAGUGAUCCAAAGAUCCAAGAAAAACAAAAAAUUCCAUUUACGAUUAAAAGAUUCACAGAAACAUGAGUGUGGCCGUCAAAAAGACCAGGCUUUGCCCACGUCUGGGGCUGUUAAUAAUGUUUCUGCAGGUAAGGGUUCUUCAUCAAAACAUUCUCGAUCUGAAAUGAUCAAAGGAAGUAUUGACCAAGCUAUGAAGAUCAGGAACUACUGCAAUGAAUCAUUUGAUCAUGCGGACAAAAAGGAAGAGGUAACUGAAAAGGAUGAGACUCUUUCCCCUGAGUUGCCAAUAUCUAGCUCAAAUUCCACCAUAAAAUCACUUAAUUCAAGGCUCACUGUUGAAAAUGAAGAGGUGAAUGGGAAAGAUGUGAUUUUUGCCCCUCAGUUGCCAAUAAUUAGCUCAAAUCCCACUGAAAAAUCAGUUAACUCGAGAGUCACCUUUGCUGGUGACCAAGUAAGAUUGCAGAAAGAUUUUAGGAAUAUGCUUAUGAUGGGUUUGGAGAUUUCUGUUCCUAGAUGGGAUGAUGCUAAAUUGCAUAAAUUAAGCCAGAAUGGUUUAGAAAGUUCUAGAAGUACCAGUAUUGGCUAUGUAUUAGAUGAAUGGAAUGAGGAAUAUGACCGUGGUAAACGAAAGAAGUUAAGAAAAUCCCUACAGUCUUUUGACGGGCCGAACCUAUUCCAACAGACUGCCAACCAAAAAGCGCGACAGAAUUUCAAGGCAAAAUUUGAGACCGAGCAAUCAGCGAACCAACCCUUCAGGAUAUGUUGACAAGGUGCGUGAUGAAGUCAUACUAGAAGGACCUGCUGAGUUGGCAGAGCUUGCGAAGUCCAUAGUCGUCGAGUGCAUGUCCAAGCCCUUCUUUGGCGAAAAUUUCCUUAAGGUGGACCUUGCUGUUGAUGCAAAAUUUGCCGAGAGCUGGUAUGCUUCCAAGAAGCAAACAUAAGCCGCGAAUUCAAGUCCUGAUUAUUAUUUUUGCUUAGUAAUUGUUACUUACUGAGUACGGUCAGCUUACGAGCAAACUUGUACUGUAUUAUUCGUGUAUUUGUGUUGGUUUUCGAGUGCAUGAACGUGAGCAGAAGCUGCUAAAAUGGUUUCAUCCCCAGUGUAAAUUAUAUCCGAACCAAUUUCUCCCAGAUGUGCUCAUGUCUCCCUAACUAUGUUUUAAAACAUUCCUGGUUGAAGUGAAUAUUAUAGUAGGUUGACCGGAAAGUUUGUGCCCAA